UUCGCUAAGCGUCGUUCUGAGCAUGUAGCGUUGUGCUCUGCUAAAUUAAAUUUACGCCGGUAACAUCUUCGAGAACACGUUAAGACUAAAAAAUAAAGAUUAAUAUCACAGUAAUUAAUGUCAAAGUGUGAAAUAAUUAAUUUUAUAUAGUUCUAAAUCUAUCGAUAUGAAAUCUUCUCAAUUCGUUAUCUGUUUGGCUGUUUCAACGAUCAUACAUACAGCCAGCGCCGGGUUGUUACACAGCUCUUGGUACAGUGAUCCACACAACAACAUUGAUGCCUUAUCACGACCGAAGAGACAGAGUUAUGCCUGCAGGGAAGAUCAGUUCCAGUGCUUAGACGGUAGUUGUUUAGACUUGGCGUUAAAGUGUGACGGUAAAGUCGACUGUCGCAACGGAGAUGACGAACGAUCCUGUCGUUUGAAAAACAUAAACAAAUGCAACGACGGCACUAUAAUAUCAAUGGACCGGGUGUGCGACGGAAAAGUCGACUGUCCGGAUCGCAGCGACGAGUCGCAUGCGCUCUGCAGGAAGAUGCAAUGUCCAGACUACCUGUUUCGUUGCACGUAUGGUGCGUGUGUUGACGGGUCGGCGCCGUGCAACAACGUCACCGAUUGCGCUGACAAUUCUGAUGAAUUGCUGCCAAGAUGUAGGAAACAGAGCGAUAUUGUCGGGGACAAGUUCAGAUGCUCGGACGGAGAGAUGAUAGACUUGUUCCUGGCCUGCGAUGGCAUCUCGCACUGUUCAGAUCACUCCGACGAACAACUGAGCGCUUGUGCAUCUGCUGUAUGUUCCGCGAACUUGUUCCAGUGUGCGUACGGCGCGUGUGUGGAUGAAGGCGCCGAUUGCAACGACAUACAAGAGUGCGCGGAUGGCUCGGACGAGGACGCGCUGCUGUGCAAGCGAACACUCAUCACCACUACCACCACCACCACCACGACCACUGCACCAGCAAUACAACCGCACAUUUGCGCCCUCCCCCCACACCCCAAGAACGGUGCAUUCCGUUCCAACAUAAUCCUGCAGGACGCGCAGAACACCCUCAUUUACGUGAACACGAUCUGCUUCCAAGGGUACAAGGUUGUGGGGAAUGAGAGCUUCUUCUGCAGUAAUGGGGUCUGGUCGGAUAUUUCGUUCCCCAGGUGUGAGCGAUCGUGCAAGCUGGAGCCGUCCGAGAGCGUGGUAUACAACUGCGUGGUGACGGAUUGGUCGGGCGCGGACGGCACCCGCAAGUGCGGCGGUGAGGAGCUGGAGGGCACCAUCGUGCAGCCCGAGUGCCGCAGACCGAACUACUUCAGCGCGACCGACCUGCCCUACAUGGUGUGCAGGGACGGCACGUGGAACUACCGGCCCAAGUGUGACCCAGAGUGCGGCACGCUAACACCACGCGGAACUCCACUGAUCCUGGGCGGGGAAGUGGUCGAGCGCGGUGAAGUGUCGUGGCACGCGGGCAUCUACUGGAAGAACAUUAGCAAUACGGGAACCACGCACGAGCAGAUAUGCGGCGGGUCGCUCAUCAGUGACUCUAUUGUGUUGUCUGCGGCGCACUGCUUCUGGAGCCCGCAGUAUGGGGCGCUGCCCGCGUGGCACUUCGCGGCGGCGGUCGGCAAGCUGCACCGCCACUGGGACGCGCCCGAGGACGCGCUCUACGCGCAGAAGCGGAACGUAAGAGAGAUAAAGCUAUCCGACCGUUACUACGGCGCGGCCAUCAACUACCAGUACGACAUGGCGGUGGUUGUUGUUUCCGAACCGUUCUACUACCGCACCUUCAUACGCCCGAUCUGUUUGAGCUUCUCCCAGACGUUCAAUAAGGAGCAGCUGAAGAGAGGCAAUGUUGGCAAGGUAGCAGGCUGGGGCCUCACGACCGGGCACAGAGGCUCCGAGUCGCCCAUACUCAAAGUACUGGACAUGCCGUACGUGCCGUUCGACGAAUGCGUGAAUAAGAGCAAGCUGUCGUACCGCGAGUUUCUGUCGGGGGAUAAGAUUUGCGCGGGCUAUGGGAAUGGCACAACAGUGUGCAAGGGCGACAGCGGGGGUGGGUUAGGUUUCCCCGCGCGGGUGCAGGGCACGGUGCGCUACUACCUGCGCGGGAUCGUGUCCACGAGCCCGCCCGCGGACGACGGCGCGCUCUGCAACCUGUACGCGCUCACCAGCUUCACUGAGGUCGUGUCGCACGAGUCGCUCAUCAGGGAGUAUUGGUACGUGUAGACUGUAGGGGCCUCUAGAUGUCGGACCAGGUGGACCUCUGGAUGCCAGAGAUACGUGUAGGGCUAGUUGCAACUGGACCUCUAGAUGCCAAAGAUUUGGGUACGUGUAGGGCUAGUUGCAACUGGACCUCUAGAUGCCAAAGAUUUGGGUACGUGUAGGGCUACUUGCAACUAGACUUCUAGAUACCAAAGAUUUGGGUACGUGUAGGGCUACUUGCAAAUGGACCUCUAGAUGCCAGAGAUACGUAAGGGGCUACUUGCAACUGGACCUCUAGAUGCCAAAGAUCUUGGUACGUGUAAUGCACUGGGGCCGUAUGACCUCUUGUUUCCAGACCGUUUACGCCCUGAAUUGAACUGACUGACAAACUCAUACUAUAGCAUGAUUAACCGUAGCUGGUUAUUGCGAUCAUAAUAGGAAUCAAUUAUGAUCAAUUAAUGGCGUAAACAGUCUGGAAAUAAGUGAUCAUAAUACGGCCUGAGGGCACGUGCUACUUACAACUGUAACACGAUAGUAAUAUCUACAGUAAAGUAAUACUGAUUUACGCUACGCCAAUUUUAUCGGAGUUACGCGGUUUUACUUGCCGCCGCGCAUCACGCAAAUGGGAAAUUACGAAUCAUUUCACCCAAAAAUGGAAUUUCGAAUGUGAACUACAUAUUAUCAAAAAAUUUGAAUGGAUGGAUAUGUCAAUUGGCAAAGACAUUUGAGGUACUCAAGGGAAAAUUUUUUGUGAGCAUGACCGCGACUUGUAUCAAUACUGUAGAUUUUAUUACCGUGACUGUAGUGUGUAGUACCGUAAUCGAUCAUAAUAUUAUGUAUAGUGACGUGACAUUCUACGUUCAGCAUUCCCGCGCUAUUGGAGCGCUAAGAACCGAUCUACACCUUUUUACUUCAACGUUGGCUAAAUAUUACAUAGUAGG